AAAAUAUCCUCACUUAACAAAUAUAGUAAUUAAUUGGUGUGAAAUAAAUCAAAUGACUAGUAAACUCCUAUUUAGUGGUCAUAUAAUUCCCAGAUAACGAGUAUAUACCAUCUAAAAAACAUUUAUUUUACAUAUAUAUUCGCGGGCUCUACUGAGUUGGGAAGGAAACACCAAGUGCAUCAACAAGACUAACUGUGAAUAUUGAAAGAACUUAUUACAACAGCUUAAACACUGGGAAAUGUCUUACUAUCUACAAAAAAUAUGCUAUAAAAUUCUUAAUGAAUACUUUGGCGAUAUUGUAGCCAAAGUUGGUGAAGCACUCUUCUUGAAGGGGGUCAAUCCGUUGAGGGUUAUAUGUGCUUCUACUAAACUUCCAUUGGUUAAAGUAUCCGAGGCAGUAGCAGUCUUAAUACAACACAACCUUGUGACAUGGGAGGAAUGGCGUCCAGGGAUACCCUGUUAUACGCUGCUUCAUGAUCGAGUUCUUCUCAUCUUACGGUUUCCCAGAUAUGUGUAUUUGGUCCGUGAGCAGUUUGGUGAGGAAGGGGAGAUGGUUGUGGAUGUGCUGUUAAAGGAAGGACAAGCUACUGCCUCUCACAUUAUUGUUACAUCAUGUGUUAAGCUGCUGGAAGCUUCUGAUAAUGAUGAUGGUGGCGGUGGGUGCAACUAUGAGCAACAGCAUAUUACUAUCAGAAAUCACCUCCUAAAACUGAUUGAAAAUGAGUUCAUACAGCGUUGUCCAUCACCACAAGAUCCUAGUAAACCAGUACCAAUUCUCUCUAUUAAGCAAGAAGAUCUUUAUAAUCUACCUCAAGAUUUACUUGAUCUGAAGGCCCUUCAGCAGGAGAUCCAACAUCGCCAUACAGAAACUACCAAACCAACAUUCACCCAUCCUGACACUAAUGUAUUUUGGAGACUCAACUAUGAUAGAUUCCAUAUUGAAUUUAGGGACAGUGAAAUUCGCAACAGCAUUGUGAGACGAGUAGACCCCUUAGCAGGAGAGUGUCUUGGUGCUAUGUUGAAAUUGUCAUACAAGGUGUCAGAUCCUUGGGCUGCCAUCAUGAAUGUUGUUACUGCAGCAGACAUCAGGGAUCAGCUCAAAGAUCUAAAGUACCUUGAUCAGUAUUUCAAAAUAUUAGAGGAACAGAGUGGAGAAUGUGUGCAGCGGGUUGGUGACGCCGGUGGUGGUCAGUACAGGCUCAAUAUGGCUAAUGCAUUCCAGUCCCUUACACACACUCUCAUCUACAAUAUAGUGCAAGAAAGAUUUGGCUCCAAAGCAGCUCGUAUUUUUAGAUUAAUUCAUAAAAAGCAAAUGAUGGAGCAGGAUAUGAUUGGAGAAGUUAGCAUGAUUGGUAAAAAGGAAGCAAACCUGCUCUCAUAUCGCCUACUCCAUGAUAACUUCCUACGCAUACACGAGCUCCGUAAAACACUGACUCCAUCACCUGCAAACAAAAUCAUUUAUCUCUUUCAUGUUGAUAUAAAUUCAGUUGUACGUAUGGUACUCGAGUGGUGUUAUAAAAGUAUGUAUAACCUGAUAGUGCAGAGAGAAACAAGGGGUACCGACAACCGCCGCUUGUUAGAGAAACGGACCAGGGUGGACUCUAUUGUGGAAAACCUGAAGCAGUCAGGAGGUACUGAGGAACAAAUUCAGGAGGUUGAAGAGAUGAUGACUCCCAGUGAACGUGCUCUUGUGGAGCAAGUGCUCUCAACUCAGGACAAACUGUUCGAUUCUGAAACAGGCCUUGAUGAAACAAUAUUCAUCCUCCAAAUGUACCUUUACUACCAAGUUCAAAAAACAUAAAUGGUGUAUUUUUUUUUUUUUUUAAUUACAGUAUUGAUUAUUUCAUAUUGAUUUAUGUAUUAUAAGAAACAUACAAUACAGUAGAGAAUGUCAAGUGCGUAUAAUUCUUACUUUUUAGAUGGCAAAACAAGUUAUUGGUGGUGAAGUACACAAAAAAACCUGAAAAUAUUUAGGAAAGGCGGGAUGCAGACACUGUACUGUAUAAUACGUUUAUGAAAAAUUUGUGAAUCCGCGAAGUAUAAUAAUUACAGUAUGUAGAUAUUUUCCAUGAUUAUAUCACAGUAAGUCAUUGGUUUACACUGGAAGGUGUUCUUAGAAAAUGUAACAUAAAUAGGACUACCGUAAUGUAAAUAAGUAAUUUUUCCCAUAGGCACAACGUAAUACUGUACUGUAAUUAGGAGUUGCAUUCCCAAGGACACCUUACUAACCAAACUUAACUAAAUAUUAUGGACAUUAUUAAACAAAUCAAUACAAAACUCAAAUUAUGUGCAUAAAUAGACAAUUAAAAGAACACAAGUUCAAGGAUACACCUUCUUGAUGGGUGUAUUUGCCAGAUGUUUUCCACUCAUGGUUUAAGGACUUUUGAGAGAUACAGUAAAACCUUAAUAAACCAGACUAAUUGGAGUAGACCCCAGUCUGGAAAAUGCAGGAGUCCAAAAAAGGACAUUCUAUGGGGGUCUGGACAUAACCCUGCUUAUCUGGACUGCUUCUGGAAAAUCAGACACGAGUCUGGUUGUUAACUGUUUUCACCGAUAUGACUGUUUCAUACUGUAAAGUGUUUACCAAUAAUAUAAAUAGUUGAAGUGCUUCUUCAUGUGUACUGGUUAGGAAUGUGUCACCAACCAGGGCUGCCCCAUCAUACUCACCCAUGGCGAGUGGAAAAAAGCAAAUUCCGGUAUAUCGAAGUCUGAUUUAUCGAGGUUUUACUGUACUUCUAGACUGGCCAGACACAUGCAAGUGAAACAAAUUCAGCAGCUGUGGGAAGUGAUACUACAGAUACAGUACAUGGAUUGUUCAACUGGUGGCAAUGUUGCCACACAAUGCUGUUUUUGAUGUGCAGUGAAUUAAUUUAGCACUUGUCAUGGCAAAAAUUAUAUUACAGUACAGAGUACAUCAGAUAGAUACAACUUGUGCUGAAUAUUGUUCCCCAAAUUUUUAAUGAUGCAUUAUUAAAACAAAUGAAAUAAAACUGAAAUAAA